AUGAGGUUCUCCCAGGCAGUAGUAAUCGCUGCCGUGGCGGCCACCGUGGCUGCGAAGCCCAUCGUAGCCCGCAGCGACAAUGUCAAGGCAUGGGACGACUACAACAAGUGCUGUGAGAUUCGUGACAAAUACGAUCCUAAGCAUGCCUGCGUCAAGCCCGAUGGUCCGAAGUACAACGACUACGGGAAGAACGAUGACAAGAAGAAGCGCGAGGACAACGACAAGAAGAAGCACGAGGACGAUGACAAGAAGAAGCACGAGGACGAUGACAAGAAGAAGCACGAGGACGAUGGCAAGACGAAGCGCGAGGACGAUGACAAGAAGAAGCACGAGGACGAUGGCAAGAAGAAGCACGAGGACGAUGGCAAGAAGAAGCACGAGGACGAUGACAAGAAAAACGACUACAAAAAUGACAAAAAGGACGGGCCAAAAAUGGAUGGCGAUAAGAAAUACGAUGAGUAG